UAUGGUAUCACUAAUCCUACACUGCCCGAAGUUCCCUUCAAUUCAUAUUCAAACGAUCAGUCGGCGCGACAGGGCGUAAUCGUAGCUCCGUAACAACGCGUUUUAUCAAUGCGGUUGAUUAGUUUGGCGAUGCGGAGCGUGUAAACACCCCGGAUCCGGCUAUCCGGAAAAGUACCCGGAGUGAAAACCUCAACUACAACUACCCUAGAUGUUUCACGCAUAAGGCGGACCGACAUAUGCCUGCUAGUUAUGGUCACAAAAUCAGCAGCCGCUUCCUUCAACCCACAAACCCACACAAUAUUUGAAUUAAUCAAAGUCAUAAUUUAAAAAUAAAAGGCGUGGCGAGACAGAUUUGAAGAACAUGUCCAAGUACCAAAAACUCGACGGAGGCCGUCCGCCAACCACUCACGAAGAUGACUUCGAUUGCUUUGAUAACGAUAAUUCUGAAAAUCGAUCCCCUCGCGCGCCGAACAAUUACCACAAAUACAGUAAUGACGAUAAUACGGUCAACAACAACAGUAUCAACAUGGUAACAAUAGUUCCAAGAGCAGUCGGACACUCGGAUGAACAGACCUGGGAAGUGCCACUGCUGGUUGAUAAUAAUCAGGGCUGUGAAAAUGAGUUAAUGGAAUUAGACAUGGAACGUGUGACUUUACCGAUAUCAAGAACGGAACAUGGGAGUUUUAAGUGUCAAUAUCUACAGAGGGGGUUCGAUCCAGAUGUAAAGAGCAAAUCCAGUCAGGAGGCAAAGACAAAGAUUCUGGUCGCAAUUUUGUUAUGUUCUAUAUUCAUGAUCAUAGAAUUCCUUGGCGGCCUCGCGGCCGGAAGCCUGGCCAUCAUGACGGAUGCAGCCCAUUUGGCGUCUGAUUGCAUUAGUUUCGUCAUCGGUCUGGUCGCUGUUUGGGUAAGCGACCGGCCACCGGAUAAGCGCAUGUCCUUUGGUUACAAACGCUUCGAAGUUCUGGGCGCUCUUAUUUCGAUACUUGGAAUUUGGCUUCUGACCACUUUUCUCGUAGUGGUGGCAAUUCAGCGAAUCAUAUCUCAAGACUUCGACUUAAACAUCAAUGUGAUGAUGACAAUAUCUGGGAUUGGAAUCGCUAUUAAUAUUGUAAUGAUAUUUGUUUUACACGGAUCGUGGUUCAUGGGCGGUCACGGCCACAGUCAUAGUCCUGGGCAUGGGCACGGACACAGUCAUAAUUCUGGUCCUGGAACAAAUCAUGGCCACAGUCAUAGCCACACUCGGAGUGACUCCCAAUCGAACUUUUAUCCUCUUGCCCCGACAGGUAGCGAGAGCUCUUUGAUAACAGCUGUCGGCGAGGCUUCCGAUAUUUCUAAUGAAUUGCCUCACAAUGAACGUUUUUUUAAUCAAAGUGAUUCAAAACCAUUGAUGUCGGACGGGACACCUUGCUUGUCAGUUAAACCGCAUCUUGCCAACGAAGAGAAGAAUUUAAACUUACGUGCGGCCAUGAUUCAUGUCAUCGGCGAUUUGGUGCAGAGCUUGGGCGUCUUUUUUGCAGCCGUUUUAAUUAAAUUUUUCCCGAGUGCAAAGUAUUUUGAUCCCCUUUGUACGCUCCUCUUCUCGGUUAUUGUGAUUAUGACCACAUUGCAGCUGUUUCGGGAAUCAAUGGUCAUUCUUCUAGACGCCGUGCCCCCAAACUUUUGCAUUAAAAGUCUCGAACGCGAUCUGAGCAAUAUUGAGGGCGUUAGGUCGGUUCAUCAUGUAAAUGUUUGGCAACACACUAGCAAUCACAUUGUUAUGAUGGCGCAUCUUGUCACCGAUGUACAAUGUGACAACGAAGUGAUGCGAGCGGCCAAAAGACUUGUCUACGGUCACCCAUACAACGUGCGGCAUGCAACCAUCCAAAUUGAACGACCACCUACGUAAUCGGCCAAAGAGAUUAUUAUCCACAUCAUAAAGUUCCGAACUGCCGCACGCUAAAUUAUUUUGUGAUUUUCUAUUAUUUAAGCAUUUAGAAAGCCAUUUCAUGGCAAUUAUUAUUAGGAUUUAGUUUCAAUUAAAGCCAAAGAAUGAGUGAAAAAUUGGUCCAACAAAUGUGGUGUAUGCUACUUGCAGCACAGAUACUGAGACUCAAAAAAUUUAGUGUUCCUAAAAAAAUUGUUUCAUUUUGUUAUCUUGAUGUUAUAUUCGAAAUUUUCGAUAAAAAAAUAUAAAUAAAGAUUAUUCCAAAGAUUUUUUAA